AUGACAGAAUAAGCGUAAUAAAAUUAAAAUUAAGAAAAAUAAUUAUAUGAAGAAGAUUAAUAAUAAGAAGAAGAAAACGAAGAAGAUAAUGAAGAAAAAAAAACAUAAAACAUGGAAACCUAAAUUUCUAAAAAAUUAAAACCUUUUGAAAAGAAAUUAUAAAAAACACAAAUGAAUCUUGAAUAAAAACCAUCCACUUGGGAAUAAAUAUUACCAGAUUAAAUAUAAAAAUUAAGAGAAGAAAUACGUCAAAAAUAUGAUAUAAAUAAAAAAGGAAAAUAAACUAUGCCCGUCUUAUUUUAUUAAUGGAAUGAUGAAUUAGAAUAAAAAGCUAAAGAAAUGAUAAGCCAAGACAUGAAUUUAUUAGAAGAAGAAUAAUAUUAAAAAAUUGAUAAAUAAAACAAUAUAUAAUGGAAUAAAUUUUACAAGCACCACAAACUAGGUUUUUUCCACAAUCGUCAUUACUUAUACAAAGAAUUUCAAGAAUUAGUAGCAAUGAACAAUCCUGAAAAUAAAGAAAAUUCCUUUAUUAUGUGUGAAUUAGGAUGUGGUGUAGGUGAUACUAUAUAUCCUCUUAUGCCUUAAUAUCCAACUAUAAAGAAAUUUUACGCUAGCGAUUUUUCCUAAAAAGCUAUUGAAUGGGUAAAAAAAGCCCCUUCUUAUGACCCUGAGAAAAUAAUUGCUACUAUCCAAGAUUUAGUUAAUGACCCUUUUCCGGUAGAAUUUUACCCUGCAGCAGAUAUAGUGACACUUAUUUUUGUUUUAAGUGCCAUAGCUCCUGAAAACCAUUAGAUGGUAAUUUAAAAAAUAUUUAAUUGGAUGAAAGAAGAUAGUGUUAUUUAUUUUAGAGAUUAUGGUUUAUAUGAUUUUGCUUAACUUAAUUUUUCAAGAAAAAAAGGAAGGAAAUUAAAAGAUAAUUUUUAUGUAAAGCAUGAUGGAACAAGAGUUUAUUAUUUCAGUAAAGAAGAAAUUUCUAGUUAUUUCAUAAACGCAGGAUUUGAAGAAAUCGAAAAUAAUGUACAUAAUAGAUAUCUCGAAAAUAGAAAAACUGGCCUGUAAAUGUAUAG